AUGGAUUCUCUUCUCCAACCACCAUUUAGCCCAAAACAGCGCGUGCAGAAAUACCUCGAAAACACCCUCACAACAGUGUUAACCCAACUCAAUAUCUCCAAGCCCGGAGAGGGCGAAGGAGAUGCAACCAUAACACUCAAGCGAAGGAUAACAAGCCCGACUACCACUGUCUUCCGUAUCGACUCCUCAACCGGCGCACUCCAGGCAGUCCGAGCAGAAACAACUGUCACCUACUCGUUCCCAGGGAAAGAUGGAUAUGAAGCGUGGAGAUUCACUGCGAAGGGUCUCGUAGCAGGAUAUUAUCGAGUGACAACGGUGAGGGACGAGGUUAUUGAUGCACGGGAAUCGACGGAAGAUUGCCUUAUCCCAAGGGUACAGGACAUAGCGGAUCUGGAUAUUUCAGAUGUCAAGUGGAUCCUGAUCAUUGAGAAGGAGGCUGUCUUUCGUCGUCUCGUCCGAAACAACUUCCAUAACCAUACCAUAGUAGGAAAAGGAAUCCUAAUUACGGGGAAAGGCUAUCCGGACCUUGCAACCCGCUCUUUCGUUCGCAGGAUCUUUCAAAGUACAUUCCCACGAUCGACCCUGACCCAAGCUCCCCCCUUCUAUAUCCUCGCCGAUGGUGAUCCGGAUGGGAUAGCCAUAAUGUCAACAUACAAAUACGGCUCUAUGGCGCACACACGAGAGAAUGAACGGCUGAACCUUCCUUGUCUGCAGUGGCUAGGGCUACGCAUCUCCGAGAUAAUUGGAGGCUUAGAGUCUGACGCGGACGAGACCCUAAUGUCGCUAACAAGGAGGGAUAGGAGAAAGAUUGGGACCAUGUUGAAACGGAGUCCGAUUUGGGCAGUAGAUGGGCCUGAGGCAGAAUGGCGGGUGGAGUUGCAGCGCAUGCUGAUCCUGAAUGUUAAAGCUGAGAUUGAGAUACUGUACGACCGUGCCGGCGGGCUCGAGGGGUGGAUUGAUCGUCAUAUGAAAACACAGGGGCAGUAAAUCCUAUUCUUUCAUCGUACUGUGAUCCACGUCCAAAAAUAUACCUAAAAGGUACAAGAAAGGGAGAAAUACCGACCAACGCCCACAGUCCCAACGCGAUGCAGAGAUUGAAGCCCGCUAUGCAUGCACUGGGAAGCAGCAACUCAGAAGAGAAAACAGGUGAUGCCAACUGGAAGCCUAUAUACACAGAGCAUCACGACACACCACACAAUAAUCCUAAGUCCUUCCAUGGCCAAUGGGUCCAGUCCAUUAAGCUACUUGAUAUCUUCGUCGAAG